UCGGUUUCAUAUAAAGAAAUUUUCGAUACUGAUUGUACUUAUGAAGAAUGGACCGAAUAUUGCAAUAUGCCACAAGUUCGUGCAGGCGAAACUCCGGGUGAAUGGAAGGAACGAAUUUGGACACGCUUAAUAUAUUUUCAGGAUAACAAUCUUAUGCCAAAUUUAAUUGAUAAAUUACCUCCCUCGCUGGUGGAUGAAGCUUGGAUACGUCUUACUUCCAGAAAGCAAAAUCCAAUGACAGAAGAUAAAGUCAGUAGCGUUAACCCUGAUGUUGAGUCAUUUUUAGCAGAGCUAGUAAGGCUAAAGCAUGAAAAAGAAGUUGGAGUUUUAUAUCGACAAUUACUUAAAUAUAAUCGAGAUAUAUUUGGAGAAUUCAUGCUGAAAUUGGAUAGGGAAUACAAAGAGC